AUGGCUAAGGAGUUGGGGGAGGGGAGCGAGUUAAUGGAGGCGGCUGUGGCGGAGCUUCUGGUUUGUCCGAAGCUUCACGCUCUGCAUGACUCUCGCUGGCUUCUGGAGUCCCUGCCGUCGCCGCUUUGCUUGGCUUGCGCCGCUGAGACGCUGCAAGGGGAUGGCGCCUCGCUAGUACGCAAAAAUCAUGUGCUCUCCUGCCUCCGUGAUGUUCUGACUCAGCAUGCAGCACUAGUCAUCCCAUUGCUUACUCAAGAUGGAAGAGUGUGUGUCCAUUUCAUAGCAACUUUGUUUGGGAUCUUGAAAAGUACGGAAGACAAUUGUAUACUGGAUUUAUCUAUUGAAGUUUUAGUAAUGUUUUUAGUAAAGUUGAAGUUGGAGAGGUACCUGCAUUAUCUAUUGAAGGAAUGUCAGCAAGAGUUAUGCAAAGUAGCCAUUACAAGAGGCAGCUUACCCAUUUUAAUUCUUCUGGGAAAACUGGCAGAUAUUAUUCCAAUUUUUGCUGAUGAGUUGUUAAAUGAACACAGUAACAUGUUAGAACACUUGGCUACAAGUUUGAUGUAUCCCAAUGAGAGAAUAAAGGCUGCUGUAUGUUACCUUUAUGGCAAGCUGUACUCUGUCCCUAAUGCUGCAGAGAGACUCUUUGUGCAUUUCACAGAGAGGUUGUGUGGCCUUUUUCUGACUACUCUGAAGAAUGCACAGACCAAGGAGCUGCAACUUAACUGCAUGGGCUUGUUAAAUCAGCUGUUGAAAUAUGACCACUUUGUGUCAGUUAUUAUGAGUAAUUCAGGGAAAGGAGCAGAUUCUACAAGUCCAGAGUUGUUUGAAGGAGAGAGUCCAUUACCUUUAAUUCUCAAGAAGCUAUUGUUAUCAAGAGAUGAACUGUUACAGGUAGCAAGUGCACAGUGUAUUGCUGCUGUGCUGGUGCAUUCUCCAGCAAAAUAUGCCUCUAUCUUUAUCCAUGCAGAUAUUCCAGAGUUCCUGUUUGAGUGUCUCUUCUGUACAAGCGAAAUUCUCAUCUGGUCAAUUUAUUGCUGCUUGCUCCUCCUGACUGAAGAACAUCUUUUCUUUUCCAAAUGCCACACUGUCUAUGGUAUUGAACCUAUUUUAAAGAGCCUGAGAGAAGUCUUGCAUCUUAAUAAUGUGGAAUUGCACAAACAGGGACUUUUACUUCUCACUGAAAUCCUGAAACGGCAGCCAGUAGAAAUAAAAUUAUUUACAAAUGCAACUGUUUUUAAAGAUGCUGUUAGUGUCCUUGUAGAAGCUGUAAACUGCCCUGUUUUGGAAGUAGCAAGUGAAGCGGUGAAAGCUGCCACUGUACUGCUGAGAAAGGAUCACGUCAGCUUUCCUCCAGUGCAAUAUGGAGAACUGCAAAAGCUGGUUGAAAGUGUACUGAAGCAGUGUAGUGACCUCCCACUACUCCCACCUAAUAGAGGGCUCAUGGGUCAUCAGAACAAAGCAGUUUCACGGCAGGGACAGUUUAUGCAGAGUGCCUUAGAAAGCUUCAGAAAUGCUUGUAGGUUAGCUAUGGAAUAUCAAAAUGACCCUCUGGCUCAGGAGAAUCCUUUCACUGCUCCUAACUCAGAGAGGAAGGAUACAUUAAAAAGCUUUUCUGAGUUUUUACUGAGGAUGUCUGACUCAAUAUGCAUCCCCAUAUUCAUGAACUAUUCUGAAAGGGUAGUCCGUCCAGCUCUCAUGGAAGUCUUCAUCUCAACCCUUAACAUCCUAUUCAGAAUUGUGCCAGACAUGAGUAAAAGAUUUUCUAUUAAACUGGCAACUUCCUCUUUUAUCCGACUGAAUCUGGAGUUGAAGGCUACAUUCUGCGCUGGGCAAAGUAACCCUGCCUUGAAUCUAGCUUGUUCCAGCUUUCUCCAUAGUUUGUGCCUCAGUCUUCACUCAUCUUCUAAGAAGAUGGCGAAUUCAACCCAAGAGGAGCAAGAAAUCUCAGGACUUCUGCAGAGGAAUCUGCUCCAGUUAAACUCUGGGGUAGAGGAAAGCCUCACCCUUUUAUCUGAGAUCCCAGAUUCUUGCUGCUUAGAUGCAACUCUUCGCAGUCACCAGUAUAGCCUCCUGCUUCUGUUCUACUUUGCUUUUAGUCAAGGAGAUAGAUUUGUUCCAGAAGCAGAACUGUUCUCAGCCAUAAGAAGUUUCCUUCUGUCACUCCAGCAUCAAGGAGACUGUCCACCCCCAUAUGUCUUUAGAGCUGCUUUGUAUCUUCUGGGAAUAUGCCAAGACAAGACUAAAGCUUUAGACGUGGCUUCUCUUUCUUGCAUAAAGAGGGUCCUAGAGAUUACAUCUGAUUUUGCCUUGGUGUAUGUCCAUCAUCCUCAGCUUCUUAAUUUUUUUUUAUUCUAUCCUGAACUUAUGGGAAGAUUUGGUCACCGUAUCCUAGAGCUCUGGUUUUCCUGUGAAGACUAUAACCAAACUGAAUCUGAAGAUGCUGUCACAAGGAUCAAUAAUAGUGUUUCUGACUCUGCAAACUACUUUGAUAGUUUGCUUUGCAUGCUAAAGGAGAACCCCAGUGCUUUACUUGUCUUGCUAGAUUUAGUCUGCCAAGGAACCAAGGAAGUGGCUCACAAAGUCUUAGUGACACUAGAGACCUUUCUGAAAGCAAAUGAGGAUGUCUGUGUCUGCGAUCUUCUUCGAAGUCAAUUUCUACAGAUUCUACAGAAGCUUCUGGUAGAAAACAGUAGUAGCAUUUUACAAGAAAAUCAGACCCUGCCACUUUUAUUGAAUCUCCUGUUCCUGGUGCAGUUGAGAUAUGUGAUGGAGAGAGAGCUGGACAGUACAGACUUCAGAUUGAUUCAUUUGGUCAGCAAUUUGUCUGGAAAAUGUAGCCCAACAGACCUUGAGCUUCUGCAGCCGUCCUUGAACUUCUUGUACUGGAGUCUUCAGCAAACAACGCUUUCCAGUCAGCAACAAGUGGUGGCUAUGUUGCUUUCCAAUAUACCUUUGCUAGAGCUUCUUGGGAGAGUUCUUCAGCUCACUGGUAUUCUACCCUCUUCCUCUGAACCAGCUUUCUCAUUGUCCAGUGAAGCACUUAUCUGCUCUGCUUGGCUGCUGACUGCUGCUCUUUUGACUCAGCAACAUAUUUACAAAACAGAGGUUCAUCAUGUAAUCCAUCUGGAGGUGGAUCAAGUCUUCUCUGCUGUUGCUUUCAGGAAGAAGAAGCCCACGUUGUUCUUUGUCAGCAUCCUCCAGUUUCUAAGAGUCUUCCUUAGGCAGAACCUCUCUUCUUCCCUUGUGAAGUUUGUUGUACACCACACAGACCAACAUGAGAGGGAGCUGCCACUGUCAAAAGAGGAUGCCACUUUGUAUCCAUUGGCUAUGCGGCAUGUGCUAUCCUUGGUCAUCAGUCUACAGAACCUAUUAGUUCAGAAGGACUUGUUGCUAUCACAAACUGUUAUUGGCUGUCUGGAAAUCUUGUUGGAAUACCUGCAUGGGAAGAACCAGGUCAUUGCAAGUCAUAUUGCUUCACAACCAUGGAAUAAGUUUCUGCUCAUCACGCUUCUGGAUGGAAGAGAGAAUUCAUUUCUUCACCCUGAAAUUCUCAAGCUUGUUACUUUGUGUGUGCAGUAUCAGAGCACCAGUCUUAUUUCUCAAAGUGAAAUUAGCCAUGUACUUGAAGAAGCUGCAAAUACCAAAUUGCUAGAACUUCCUGAUGCUACAGUCAGUGCUCUUCACUCCUUCCUUCUCCAGGUGAGCACUUUGGUGAAAAUGGUUGCUGACCACUAG